ACGCCGCCCUCCUCCCGAGCCUCCUCCGCCACCUCCUCUCCCUCCCGGACCCCGCGCCGCACCUCCUCGCGCUCCUCUCCUCCUCAUCGUCGCCGCUGCGCCUCCCGCUCGGGUUCUCCCUCUCCGCGUUCCGCUCCCUCUGCGCGCUCCCCUCCGCGCCGCCGCCGCCCACCCCCGUCUACAACCGCCUGCUCCUCGCCGCGCUCCAGGAGGCCCGAUUCGACCUCGUCGAGUCGCUCUACAAGGAUCUCCUCUUGUCCGGCGCCGCCCCGGACGUCUUCACGCGCAACAUCCUGCUCCAGGCGCUCUGUGCCGCUGGCCGGAUGGAGCUCGCCCGCAGGGUGUUCGACGCAAUGCCGGAAAGGAACGAGUUCAGCUUCGGGAUCCUGGCGCGUGGGUACUGCCGUGCGGGGAGGAGUAUGGACGCGCUUGGGGUGCUCGAUUCAAUGCCAACGAUGAAUUUGGUGGUAUGCAACACAGUAGUCGCGGGGUUCUGCCGCGAGGGCCAGGUGGAUGAGGCUGAGAGGCUAGUUGAGCGCAUGAGAGAUGAGGGUCUUGCUCCAAAUGUGGUCACAUUCAAUGCGAGGAUCUCUGCACUCUGCAAAGCUGGGCGGGUGCUAGAUGCAUACAGGAUAUUCAACGACAUGCAGGAAAAAUGGGAGAGAGGUCUGCCGAGGCCUGACCAGGUGACGUUUGACGUGAUGCUGAGUGGGUUCUGUGAGGCUGGUAUGGUGGAUGAAGCAAGAGUCCUGGUGGAUAUUAUGAGGUGCGGUGGUUUCUUGAGGCGGGUUGAGAGUUACAACCGUUGGUUGUCAGGGCUGGUGAGGAAUGGAAUGGUUGGGGAAGCACAGGAGCUGCUGAGGGAGAUGGCGCAUGAGGGUGUUCAACCUAAUAGCUACACCUACAAUAUUAUUGUGGAUGGGUUGUGCAAGGAGGGCAAAGCGUUUGAUGUGAGGAAAGUGGAGGAUUUUGUGAAGAGUGGUGUCAUGACACCAGAUGUUGUGACCUAUACUAGUUUGCUCCACGCUUAUUGCUCAGAGGGAAAUGCUGCUGCAGCCAAUAGGAUUCUUGAUGAGAUGGCACAGAAGGGGUGUGCCCCGAAUUCAUUUACUUACAAUGUUCUGCUGCAAAGUUUGUGGAAAGCUGGUAGGAUUACAGAGGCAGAACGAUUGUUAGAGAGGAUGAGUGAGAAAGGAUACAGCUUGGAUACAGCAAGCUGCAAUAUCAUUAUUGAUGGACUAUGUAGAAACAACAAAUUGGAUAUGGCCAUGGACAUUGUCGAUGGCAUGUGGAACGAAGGUAGUUUGGCUCUUGGCAGAUUAGGUUAUUCAUUCCUAAGUUUACUUACUGAUUCUUCCAGCAGCAAAAGAUGUCUUCCUGACCGAAUCACUUAUUCUACACUGGUGAGUGCAUUGUGCAAAGAGGGCAGGUUUGAUGAAGCAAAGAAGAAAUUGCUUGAGAUGAUAGGCAAAGAUAUCUCUCCUGAUUCGGUUCUAUAUGAUACCUUUAUUCAUGGGUAUUGCAAGCAUGGGAAGACUUCUCUGGCUGUUAAGGUCCUGAGGGACAUGGAAAAGAAAGGUUGCAAGCCAAGCACAAGGACAUACAACUUGUUGAUAUGGGGAUUUCGGGAAAAACACAAUUCAGAUGAAAUCCUUAAAUUGAUUAGUGAAAUGAAGGGGAAGGGGAUUUGUCCCAAUGUCAUGACCUAUAAUAGCCUGAUAAAGUCAUUUUGUGAACGGGGAAUGGUGAACAAGGCCAUGCCUCUUUUAGAUGAAAUGUUACAGAAUGAAAUUGUUCCUAAUAUAACUUCUUUUGAGUUGUUGAUUAAGGCUUUCUGCAAAACUUCAGAUUUCUCUGCAGCUCAGAGAGUAUUUGAUGCUUCUCUGAGUACAUGUGGUCAGAAGGAAGUGCUCUAUAGUUUAAUGUGCACCCAGUUAUCUACUUAUGGUAGAUGGUUGGAAGCCAUGAAUAUUCUAGAAACAGUGCUUGAAUUAAGGAUCUCUAUCCAUAGAUUCCCAUAUAAGCAGAUUAUUGAGGGACUCUGCAAAGUUGAUGAGGUGGAUCAUGGACAUAGGUUACUCAAGCUGUUAAUGGUUAAAGGAUAUUCAUUUGAUCCAGCAGCAUUCAUGCCAGUGAUUGAUGCAUUGAGUGAAAGGGGAAAGAAGCAACAUGUUGAUAUGCUCUCACAAAAAAUGAUGGAAAUGGCAGAGCGUGAUAAUGGUCUUGCAGCUCCUUCUGGCGAAUUUAAGCCUAGAAGUCAGAAGCAUGGACAGGACAAGCAUGCUGAAAGUGAUUGGCAUGCUCUUUUGCACAGAGAUGACAGUGCUCGCACAGUCAUGAAAAUCACCAAGAGAGUGAAGACAGGAUGGGGUCAAAGAGGCAACGUUUAUGAGAAUAAGCAGCAGCAGAAUGAUGACAUUUAUGUACUAGAAAACACUGGCUGAUGUUGCUAUUUUAGGCUACCUUUCAGAAAGAGUUAUGAUUAAAGCAAUUAUGUCAAGAAAGACAUGUCAAAGGAUCUAACCCUAUAUCUGAUUCCCUGUGAAUGGGUGUUAAGCUAUACAUAGGGAUUCGAUGUGAACUGAAGCGACAGUUGAUGAUGAAUGUUGUGCACAGCUGCACAUCCCAUUGAUUUGUGCUAGAUUGGGACCUUCAUCUGCGCCGCCUCUGGGGAAACCCAACCACGCAGGAUAAUAGAGGAGUGAUCAUCCAAAUGUAGGGCUGAAGAGUUGUACAUGAUGAGGCACCAAAUAGAUGAAUUUAUUGGAAGCCUAAGCUCAGUUUAUUGUUCUUUCAGUGAACACAUUGACCAUCUCGAUAAACUGCAAGACAUUGAGCUUAUCUUCUGCUGUCAAAAGACAGUGUGACAUCAAAAUGGAGUAACGGUAGACCCAGCUACCAGUGAAUUCGGUUCAGUAUAUUUCCGGUGGUAGGUGGUUCAACCAUCUGGCAAUCUACUUCACACAGUACUUAGCAUUUAGUAGCAGUGAAACCAUCGCAUUCCAUUUUUUUUACCUAUGUAAGAAUCAUGAUUCAUGACGAAUCGAUUUGCACGUCUCUUGUCUUUGCAUAAGUUUGGAAUGGGUGUCUGUUGGCAUACUGUAUAAGUUGUCAGUUUCUUCUUACAUCUGUAUGCAACGGAUUCAUGUGCCUCGAUGCAACUGAUUAUGUUCAUAUGAUCUGUGCAAAUUACCUCAAA